UGUGUGUGUGUUUUUUUUUUUUCAAACUCGACGCGUGCGCUGCGCGCGCUCUCCUCUCCUCUUCUCCGCUCUCGACUAUCACUUCCGUGUUGGCGUGUCCCGACGUCACGCGGAAUGUGAAGCAGGAAACGCGGAUGUGUUGCGCUUAAUCUGCAUCUACAGCCGUGUUCUGAUCCAUAUGUCGAACCCAACCCCCCUUCCAAGCUGAUCUGAUCCAGACGCAGUGCAUCGGACGCGGGUUGGACGGAACCGAGUGGAGGAAUGCCUGCCGGUGUGUGUGGAUGUUGUGGUCCUUUGCGACCACGCUACAAGCGACUAGUGGACAAUAUUUUCCCAGAGGACCCCAAGGAUGGACUGGUGAAAUCUGAUAUGGAGAAGUUGACGUUUUAUGCGGUGUCGGCACCAGAGAAGCUGGACCGCAUCGGCGCGUACCUGGCCGAACGUCUUAGCAGAGAUGUGGUACGGCAUCGCUACGGGUACGUGGUGAUAGCAAUGGAGGCGUUGGAUCAGUUGUUGAUGGCGUGUCAUUCCCAGAGUAUCAAGCCAUUUGUGGAGAGCUUCUUACACAUGGUAGCAAAACUGCUGGAAUCCAGAGAACCAGAUUUACAAGUGCUGGGCACCAACUCGUUUGUGAAGUUCGCAAACAUUGAGGAGGAUACGCCCUCUUACCAUCGCAGAUACGACUUUUUCGUCUCGCAGUUCAGUGCCAUGUGUCAUUCCACACACGAGGACCCCGAAACUCGCAGCAGGAUCCGUGUAGCAGGCAUUAAGGGUCUCCAGGGUGUCGUCAGAAAGACUGUGAAUGAUGAACUCCAGGCAAUCAUCUGGGAACCUCAACACAUGGAUAAACUCAUCCCCUCCAUGCUGUUCAACAUGCAAGAUAAUGAGGACUCCGAGAGGGCUGGAGAGGAAAAUCCGGCUUCAUUGGCGGAGAGUUGCUUUCGAGAAUUGCUGGGUCGCGCUGCUUACGGCAACAUGAACAAUGCAGUGCGCCCCGUACUGGUGCAUUUAGACAACCAUCGCCUGUGGGACCCAAACGAUUUUGCUGUUUCCUGUUUCAGGAUAAUCAUGUACUCAAUACAGGCCCAGCAUUCUCACCACGUGAUCCAGCAAGUGUUGUCCCACCUUGACACCCACAGUAAAAACACCCCACGUGUGAGGGCAGGUAUCGUUCAGGUGCUGCUGGAGACGGUUGCCAUAGCAGCCAAGGGCUCCAUCGGUCCCACAGUCCUGGAGGUGUUUAACACCCUGCUGAAGCAUCUGCGUAUGAGUGUUGAUUUUGAGCUGGGCGACGGUUCCCGCAGGAACUCCGCGAGCAGCCUUUCCUCCACCCGCACCAAAGAGAGCGAGGAGCGGAUCGUCCAGAAUGCCAUCAUCCAAACAAUCGGUUUCUUUGGAGGAAAUCUUCCUGAUUAUCAGAGAGCAGAAGUGAUGAUGUUCAUUAUGGGGAAAGUGCCUGUUUACGGCACGCCGUGCCACACGCUGGACACCGUCAAGAUCGGGCAUCAGGGCACCAAGAGAAUCCAGAUGAUGCUGUUAAGUUCUCUCAUUAUGGUUACGUCGGGGUUUAAGUGUAAAACAAUCUGUGCUGGCCUGCCCGCAGCGUUUCUGGAGCCAUUGUGCUCCAUCUCUCUGAUGGAAGACAGUGAACUCCGGCAACUCGUCUUGGAGAUUCUGCACAACAUCAUCGAUCGCCAUGACAACCGAGCCAAACUCCGAGGGAUCCGGAUUAUUCCUAAUGUGGCUGCUCUGAAGUUCAAAAGAGAAAAAAUCUCCAAACAGGAUGUGGUUUUCAUGAAAAAGCAUGGGCAGCAGUUAUACAGACACAUCUAUCUGGGCUGUAAGGAGGAAGAUAACGUGCAGAAGAACUUUGAGCUGCUCUUCACAGCUCUGGCUCUAAUCACUAUUGAACUGGCUAAUGAAGAGGUGGCGAUCGACCUCAUACGCCUGUCCAUCGCCUUACAGGACAUGGCCCUGGCCAAUGAGGAGAAUAUGCCCAUGUUUAUUCGCUGUGGCAUCAUGGCAUUGGUCGCUGCAUACCUAAACUUCCUCAGUCAGAUGAUUGCAAAUCCCCCUUUCUGCCAACAUGUCAGCAAGGUGAUUGAGAUGAGAAAUCUGGAUGCUCCGUACCUUCUGCCUGAACAUGUUUUUAGAGAGAAGUGUGUGUUCCCAGACUCUUUGGACCGGGACGACAUUGGUCUGUAUUUUCAGACGGCUGAUCUGGCAGAAGCUCUGACUGUACCUGGAUAUAACGUAGAGAGACUGGCGAUACCGUACAUACCCCAGGUUACAGAUGAAGACCGGCUGCCCCGUAGGAAGAGUUUUGUCGACACUAUUUCUCUCCAAGUUGACAUCCUUUCCAACAGCUUACCUGAUCAGUCUCAGCUUGCAGAGGAGAUCACGUUUGAGACCCUAAAGAAGGCCAUCGAUACCACUGGUCUGGAGGAACAGGAAAGGGAGAGGAGACGGCAGGUGAUGGAAAAAUUCCAGAAAGCUCCGUUUGAAGAGAUUGCCGCCCACUGCGAGUCCAAGGCCAACAUGCUGCAUGAUCGCUUGGCUCAGAUAUUUGAACUCACCAUUCGCCCUCCCCCGAGUCCCUCGGGCACUGUGACCGUGACGUCAGGCCACGCCCAGUACCAGUCUGUGCCAGUCUAUGAAAUGAAGUUCCCUGACCUCUGCGUGUACUGAACCACGACUUUUCACCUUGUCUAAAUCACACAGACUCAACUUUGACCACUGACCUUUAUCACACAUGUUUGGUCCUGUGACCUUUAACUCACCUGAGCCACUCAUCUUCAUUGGACACCUUUCACUAUAAACAUUACUUACAUUCAUGUCCAUGGGGUGCAAACUGGACAGGCACUUCACGCCUCCAAUCUGCUCCAAUCCGCACACAGAGCUUUACAACCAGCUGUCCAAUCAUACACCAGCUCUGUAGAAUCGUAUGUGUGUGAUUUCCAGUUUGAUUCGCUAAACGGCAGCUCCAAGAAUCAAACUGAGUCUUUUGAACACUUGAUUCUUCAGCUUUUUUAUGUUUUGAUUCAUAGGAGUCAUUUAGAAAAUGACUCACUCUGGCUGCAUUAAGGGAACUUAACUGCUAGCAUUAACUUAAGUGCUAAGUUUGCUAGUUUAUUUUCAUUAACUAAUUUCUUUAGCACAUGAAUCCAUCAUCAGCAGAGAGAUUUGAACAUAUAAUUGAUUUCUGCUCACUCAAAUCUCUCCUAUAUGAUUAUAGUGUACAUUAUCACACAGGUAUAGUAGUAUAGCCUAUUUUUGACAAAUAUAUAUAUACUUUUAGAUUUAAUGAUUGCUGAUAGUUGCAGAGUGUCAUUUGUGUACUGUUUGCAUGGCUUAGCCAACAUUUCACUGCAAACGUCCGUGUGUUUAGGCCUUUAUUAAUCUACAAUUAGCCUUUAACUUCAAUGUUGUGGAUGUUAAUAGGGGCUUUUGUUCACCCAGAGUUCUUAGUGAUCACUAUGCUCUCCAUUUUGCCUUCACUGUAUAGAGAAACCAAAACAUUUGCUUUUCAUCACCAAAGAGCUCCGCCCACACCCUUCCUUAAUGGCCACGCACGGCCGCCAUUUAAAUCUUGAGCCAAUGAGAAACCGAAUUCUCUUUGAGGGCGGGAAUACUGCAGUGUUCUUGAACUCAAACGUAAGACAGUUUCUAAAAAACUGGGAGUUCAUCAACCAGCUGUUUUUAUAUAUCGAGCCACAAAGGCAUUGAAAUGCUUUUUUUGCUUUUCAGGUAACUUUAUUCAUCAACCUUGGUUGAAAAAAUGUGUUAUUCUGAAUUCUGACAAUUUAUUUGUGACUGUUAGAUGCUGAAAUACUUUGCUGGAAAUGUUUUACAUCAUCUGAGCUUCCUGUGGUGAGAGCUGUGAUCAAUUUCAGUUACAUUUAGCCGUUAGAAACGUGUCUGUGCGGGACCAUUUAGGACAUUUUGGCUGAUUCUGAGGUGCUUUUCGUAGGUUUGAGGGAUUUGUUGUCAUAAGACUGGCCUGUCUUGGUUUUGUGAAUGUAUUUAUGUGGACGGAACUGCAAGUAAGCACACAGGUGUGUAUUCUGCAGGUGUGGUACAUUUAUAUGCUGAUUUAAUGAUGAUGGGAUGCUGUUGCCACAUUUUUGGCCUGUGAAAUGUUUCAAUGGUCUGUCUAUGACUAGAGACCUACGCUGCAUUGUGGGAUUUGUAUGCACAGAAAGUAAAGAAUGUCUUGAAGUAUUUAAAGGUCAAACUUCCAAGAUGGCUUCUUCUAAAUGCUCAAUAGGAUCAGUUGAUGACAGCAAGAUGGUGGCUUUUCUGCCUUGAUCCUGAUCUGUCCAGUCUAUUCAAGGAUGUUUGAUGUGUUAAAGGAAUGAUUUCAGUGACAAAAUGUUGGUGGACAGGAAAUAGUCAGUAGUUGACCUUUGGCCGUUGUGUAUUUCUCCGAGUAACUCGCUGCAUUUCAAUAGAGGUUGCUUUGUGACGAUACGUGUAAAACUAUUUAAUGCUGUGAUGAAAUCAGGCACAUUAUUUCUGUAGAAAUAUGAAAUCAUAAAGAAUUUCUAGAUUAAUGCAAUAUAUUUUUGGUGUUAAAUGAAAUAGGAAUGUGAUGUUUCCGACACAUCAUCUGUAAUGCACCUUUAGUGAUGUGUGUGUCAAAGGGGCACGAUGAGUCUUUUUUUGCAUGCUGUUUUUUUUUUUUUUUUUUACAUCAGCGAAGGGAAAUCAGUCUUACUGUAAUUGCUAAUAUAAUUUUUAGCGUAAUUUACAGUAUAUAAUGUUUUAUUUUCAUCCUUGGUGGAACUUUACGGUACUUGUUUAGUGUUUAUCACAUGGUUUGUUUGAAACUAAUCUUUAGUUUUAUCUGUAACUCAACAAUGUUUUAAUUUUUUUUUUUCAUUUGUAUGGGAGAGAAGUAAGAUUAAGAGUUUAAGAAUAAGAGUUAGAUUUUGGGUUGAUGGUGAUGUGUCGAUAUGGGUCUUCCGUGUGAGGAUAGGUAAGUCUACAUGCAUCAUGCUAGAUUUUCAAAUGUGUAAUGGUACAAACCACUGCAGUGUUGCUACAGUAAAUGAUUAUAAAAUUUAUCAUGAAAUCUCUUCGGUGUUAUUUAGCCAUAUCCAGGUUCGCUGUCUGACAGUGUCUGCCACAUUAAUGUGCAAUGAGAUUUCAUGUGCGAGAUCUUAAAGUCUUAAUAAAGAUUUUAUAUUUAAAUA